UUCUUCCACCUCUGCUUCAAUUCUCUACACUUUUACAUCAACACUCACAACAAUGUCUACCGAAACAAUUGUCCUCACCGGAGCCACUGGAUUCUGCGGCUUUGCAAUCCUCCAAGAAGCGCUGCAAUACGACUACAACAUCCGCAUCGUCGUGCGUAGCGCCGCAAAAGCCGACAUUCUACGCAAUAACCCAUGCUUCAAAUCUCUGACCAGAGGAACGCCAAGAUACAGUUUUCACAUCGUGCCUGAUCUCGGUGUCGAAGGCGCUUUGGAUGAAGUGACUGCAGGAGCGCAAUACAUGAUCCACACAGCCUCGCCUCUGCCGUUUUCAAAUGUCAAUCUCAGUCAUGAAGAGCAAAGACAACAGAUCAUUGAUCCUGCGGUCAAUAACACGAUUGGCGCUUUACAGUCAGCCAAGAAGUCUGGUUCUGUGAAGAGAGUUGUUAUUACCUCUUCCUGUGCUGUGUUCAUCAGACCAGAGCUCUUGGGUGGACCUGAAGAUGUACCUGUCGUGGUUACAGAGGACACCAUCAACUCUGAGCUUCCACCCCCAUAUGCGAAUAACUUGGUCGCUUACGUCGCAUCUAAAGUCUCUGCUUUCUUGCAGUCAAAGCAGUGGAUGGCGGAUAACAAGCCUGGCUUUGAUGUUGUAAACGUAUGCCCGACUUUCGUUCAAGGACGCAAUGAGCUCGCCACUUCGCCUGCAGAUCUGAUGAAUACUUCCAAUGCUCUACUCUUGAGAAUGGUGCUCGGUCUGGCGCCUAAGGAUUCUCCAGCCGAGUAUGCAUCGGUUGUGCAUAUUGAGGAUGUAGCGGCUAUUCAUAUUGCUGCUUUGAACAAGGACAGGAUUCCUGCUGGAGACUACAUGUUUGGGCAGGAAGUGCGAUGGAAUGAUAUCAACACGAUCACAAAGGAGAUGUUCCCUGAGCAAGUUGCGCAAGGACUGUUACCUUGCACAUCGAAUGUUCCUACAAAGUCGGUGGUUUGCAGCAAGGAGAAGACGGAGAGGACGUUUGAUGUUGAACUCAAGGGAUUUGGUUGA